GAGGGCACUUUUCCAGCCGGAAGAACAGGUUGCAGAGGUUGCGGCUCUGGGCGAGACGUCGGGCGGAGGGAGUGGCGGGGCAGAUCCUGGAGGACACAGAAGCCAGUCCAGCGAUCAUGGCGCUAGGAACAGCGUGGAAACGCAUGUCCUGGCUUUAUUACCAAUAUAUCCUGGUCACGGCGCUCUACAUGCUGGAACCCUGGGAGAGGACCAUAUUCAAUUUUCUAUUGGUAUCUAUUGUUGGGAUGGCUGUCUACACAGGUUAUGUGUUCAUGCCUCAGCACAUUAUGGCAAUCUUGCACUACUUUGAGGUUGUCUAGUGACUACCUUAAAGCUUUGAAUGUGGACCACUAGCUCAAGAGAGUAAAGGAAGAUUCUUAUUCAGUGACCGGUUACUUCUCCAUCAGUCAGCGUUGGAAAAGAUUCAACCACAUUGAUUAUACAACUGGAUGAUUGAAGAAUGAAAAUAGAGCAUCUUUCACAGUUUUGUAUUUAUUGUUUUAAUUUGUACUCUUCCAGUGAAAACGGUAUCUGUCCUUGUUUGCUAAAUGCCUCUGGUGAUUUAUUUAUUGAUGUCAGUACCUGGAUCACCUUCUUUAACAGUAUCAAUGUAACACUACAAAUGCAUAAAUUUUUAAACGUUUUAGUUGGUGUGAAGCAUUCCAUCAAAUGAAAACUUAUAAGUUAAUAAGUACAUUUAGAACUUGAGCAUUGAAAUAAGACGUUGAGCAUUGAAAUAACCCGUCAAAGUAUGAUAAGAAAACUUCAUUUUUUUGAAAUACUUUACUGAUUUUUUGGCAAUUGAGGAUCUGUGAUUGGAAUUUCCUACAAGAGAUGCAUAUUUUGAAUAUGAUUUAAGAUGUGAUAUUUGCCCCCCUGUAAGACUUGUACAGCACCCAAAUGAUAUUUCUCUAACAUUGAUGCUAAAUAUAAAAUAGUUAACUUC